AACUUUCAGGCAAAUUCAAAUAUAUAAUUUAAGUACAUGUUAAUGUUAAAGUUGAAUUGAAAAAAAUUCUGAUGAGCUUUUAACUUAUAAUCAUUUGCAUAACAAACAUAUUCUUCAAAAAAAAAAAAAUUAGAUUCGUUGUUGUCCAGCGUACAUGUCGAAUCUUGAUUAUAUCAUCGUUGUUGGGAGGGAGACUUUCACUUUUCAGAAUAUAUUAGAUAAAUAAAAAAGAAAUAUUACUUUCUUGAAGCCGCUGGUCUAGGCAGCUGUACCUGUACCUAAGCUUUUUUUUUUAUAAUUCUUGUAAAGUUGUUGUAUUGGUGGAACAAAUUCCAUGGUUCUAUUUUGAAAUAAGGAUUAGGAGAUAGUGUUGUUGUGUGAGAAUGCGAAACCGAGUGAUUUGUUGAAAAGAGAAAACAGCAAUAUGGUCUUCUCAUCCAACCCAUUGUCGCUUAGCGUCCCCGAGGCAGCUUUCGAGUCUUGGCUGCGAGACAGCGGCUAUAUCGAAGUCCUCGACCAGCGCACCUCCGACCUCCACCGCCUUUCCACCACCGCCGCCACCGCUGACACCUCCUCCUCCUCCUCCGCAGGCAACCCAGAUAGCAUCUCUUCAACCGCCACUGCAACCGGCGUCUUUGUCUCGCUCUUCUCUAGCAUCGUCACCUUCCUCUCUCUCUUUACCAUCAACCCUUUCUCCAAGCUCUCAAGCGAUGAUUUCUCAGGGAAAACCCCUUCCUGGACUACUGCCUUUCUUGGCUCCUUCAAUUCCUACUCUUUCCCUUCUUCCUCUUCCCAGGCUCGGUUGAGGGCUCACGAGAACGUCAAGCGCUACGCACGCAACUAUGCUUCUCUCUUCAUCCUCUUUUUCGCUUGUACUUUGUACCAGAUGCCAAUGACCCUUUUUGGAUUAGUAUCGUGUUUGGCACUAUGGGAUGUUUUUAAGUUCUGCAGCGAGAAAUGGAGAUUGGAUCGAUAUCCGCUCACUCGACUCUGUUUGGUUCGUGUUAGUCAAUGUGUUGGUGCAAUUAUUUUAAUGGGUUCAAAUGUUCAGAUGGCUCUGUUCUGUGCAUUGAGCAUCAGUUAUGCAGCCAUGAUUCUGCAUGCUGCAUUUCGGAAGCUGACUCCUGCAAAACAACAGCCCCGUGGAAGAUGAAACUUUUAGAUUAAAAAGCCAAAAUAUUCAAUGAACCUAUGCUUGGCUAUAUGAUACAAGGUUUGCUGUUUGCAACAAAUGGUUGCUCCAUAAGGCAAUCACCUACCUGUGAUGAAGACAUACCAGAUGAAGAAUACAGUAAAUAAAUUCUGGCAUACAAUUGAUCAAACAAUCAGUUGCAUUCCUUCACUGUCUCAUGCUUAUUUUGUUGUUCUGGGGGCUGUUCCAAAUUCUGUCAGAUUUUCAUAUCUUAAAAGAAGUACUGCUCUUUGUUUAAUACAAGUCAGUAAACUUUUGACCAUCAUCUUCUAACCUUUCGGUGCAAUGCAGCAUGUAGUACUUCGUUUGGCACAACCUAUGUAUUUAAUUGUUAAAUUAAAUGAUAUUCUCGAAUUACAUUUUUA